GACAAGCGGAACUUUGUCAGAAACCCUCCGUCUGGUGUGCAGUUCCACUUUGAUUUCAGCAGCGCAUAUCCUGUUGCUUUGGCAACCUUGCAGGAAGAUCCAAACCUGCAGAAAAUGAGAUUUGGUUUGGUGCCUAAAUUGGUCAAUGAGGAGACAUUUUGGAGAAACUAUUUCUACAGGGUCUCUCUCAUAAGACAGUCAAGUCAGCUGAACUCUUCUAUGGCACACCAGUCAGGUAAAAGCUCCAGCAGCAGUUCUAGAAGGUCAUCCACAGGAAGUGAGCAACAGCAGAGAGAAGCCAGUCCUGCUGUGAAGACAGCAGCUAAAGAGCAAUCUGAGGAGGAGGUUUUUGCUGGAAGUCCUCCAACUCAAGAUGAGUUUGUUAGUGAUGCCUUUGGGGACUCAAACAUCACCGAGGAGGACAUUAGAAGGGAGAUGGAGCAGCAGUUGAGAGUCGCUGGAGGGGACAAGGAAGGUAACGAAGACUGGAAGCAGGAACUAGAGGAAAAACUUCUAGAACAAAAAGGUGAAGAGUGGGAGAAAGAGCUGCAACAGGAACUACAGGACUACGAACUUGUUGGUGGGGAAGGUGAUGAAGGUAACACAGCAGAUGACGAUCUGGAGCGGGAAAUUUUACAGCAGAUUGAGCAGGAAGCUGGUUCACUGUUGUAG